AGAGAAAUUUAUAAAGAUGAGAAAUCACCGAUCAAAGUCCGUGAGACUGUCUGCGACAUAAUUAAUAUCGCAUUUUAUCUCGGAGGCAAAAUUCACGCAGUGACGCAAAAGUAAUAACGCAUAUAUUUUUCACAAACUCCUCGCUCCCCGCUACUACAGUCGCCACUUGUCAUUGCUCGUCAUGAGCUCAGCGCGGAUCGUUGGAUGCUUCUGACGUUUAGAGGAGUGUGACUGCAACUGAUGUUGAUAGUUUGGCGCAACGAGAUGUUGAGGGUACCGGUUGUAAGGGCCACAGGCCUGAUAAAUGGAAGGCUGUGCGCCGUCAGUCUUCAUACAACAUCGAACAAAUCGCAGCAGGAAUUGGUCGAGCUCUUUAUCGAUGACAAGCCUGUACAAGUACCACCGGGAACGACAGUCUUACAAGCUGCUGCCAAAGUGGGUAUUGAAAUACCAAGAUUCUGCUAUCAUGAACGUCUUGCUGUAGCUGGUAAUUGCAGGAUGUGUCUUGUCGAAAUAGAGAAGCAAGUUAAGCCAGUUGCCGCGUGCGCUAUGCCAGUGAUGAAAGGUUGGAAAGUGAAAACCAACUCGGAUCUGACACGAAAAGCUCGCGAAGGUGUAAUGGAAUUUUUGUUGGUUAAUCAUCCAUUGGACUGUCCAAUCUGUGACCAGGGUGGAGAGUGCGAUUUACAAGAUCAAAGUAUGGCUUUUGGAUCUGACAGAAGCAGAUUCGUCGAUAUUAAUUACUCUGGGAAAAGAGCAGUGGAGGAUAAAGACAUUGGACCCUUAAUCAAGACAGUUAUGACACGCUGCAUACAUUGCACGAGAUGUAUUCGAUUUGCCUCGGAAAUAGCUGGUAUCGAUGAUUUGGGAACUACUGGUCGUGGUAAUGAUAUGCAGGUAGGAACAUACGUCGAAAAGAUGUUCUUAUCAGAAUUGUCUGGCAAUAUCAUUGAUCUUUGUCCCGUGGGUGCAUUAACUAGUAAGCCAUACGCAUUUGUUGCCCGUCCAUGGGAAACACGUCGCACCGACAGUAUUGACGUUCACGAUGCCGUUGGUAGUAACAUAGUUGUCUCUCACAGAACUGGUGAGGUUUUGAGAAUACUACCGAGAGUAAACGAGGAAGUGAACGAGGAAUGGCUCUCUGACAAAGCCCGUUUUUCAUACGAUGGACUCAAAAGACAAAGACUCAUUACGCCAAUGAUGAAGAUUAAUGGACAAUUACAAGCUGUAGAUUGGGAAGAUGCGCUUGUUGCUGCCGCUAGAUCUAUAGCAAAUGUGUCGGCGAAUAAAUGUGCCGCGAUUGCUGGGAAAUUGGCAGAUGCAGAGGCUCUUAUUGCCAUGAAAGAUUUAGUGAACAAAUUGGGUAGCGAAAGUCUAGCCACGGAACAACGUUUCCCGAAUGAUGGAUCAGGCAUCGAUCUUAGAAGUAGUUAUCUAUUAAAUAACACCAUCGCUGCGAUCGAAGAUGCAGAUGUCGUAGUAUUGAUUGGUACAAACCCGAGAUACGAAGCACCGCUAGUAAAUACGCGUCUCAGGAAGGGCUAUCUACAUGGCGAACAAACAAUUGCUCUUAUUGGUCCAGACGUAGAUUUAACGUACGAACAUGAGCACCUGGGAGAAUCCUUCGACGUAAUAACGAAAUUACGUAACGAUUCGCAUCCAUUCUCCGCAACUCUGAAAGAAGCUAAGAAACCACUUGUUAUCUUAGGUGUCGAUCAGCUAACUCGAAAGGACGGAGCUAAGAUUCUCUAUGAAACGCAAGCACUGGCGAAAGCUUUAGGAGAUAACUCGAAAGCUCCUCAGGACUGGAAGAUCUUAAAUAUACUACAUACAAAUGCUUCUCAAGUCGCCGCCUUAGAUGUCGGUUAUAGUUCGACUGUAGAAGAAAUCAAAGAGCAACAACCGAAUGUUCUAUUUCUUUUGGGUGCAGACGAUGCAAAUAUUAAGAAAGAAGAUUUUCCAAACACAUUUAUCAUUUAUAUAGGGAGUCAUGGCGACGUCGGAGCGGCUAUUGCGGAUGUUAUAUUAGCUGGAGCAGCAUACACUGAAAAAGUUGCAAGUUAUGUUAAUACAGAAGGACGCUCCCAACAAACUUGCGCGGCAAUUACACCGCCUGGUUUAGCACGUCCAGAUUGGAAAAUUAUUCGCGCCCUUUCCGAGAUGGCCGGUAUUACUUUACCAUAUGAUAAUUUAAAUGAAAUAAGAUUCAGGCUUGAAGAAGUUGCACCACAUCUGGUACGAUAUGGUAACGUUGAACCAGCCAAUUUCUUUACGCAAGCUUUUGAGAUUGCUAAGCAACAAUCUGGAGAAUCAUUUUUGCCAGACCCUGUAGAUAUCAAACACAAGACAUUGGAUCAGUUUUUCAUGACUGAUGUAGUAUCACGAGCGUCCCUAACUAUGGCAAAGUGUAUUCAAGCAGUCAUUAAACAACGACAAAGUGCAGUAUAAAUAUUAUAUUAAAUAAAAUUCUCAUCUGUGCUAGUUAUUUGGUAAUACUGGCUAGAUGUUAGUAGCCAGUAAUAAAAGAAUUACAAAAACGAAGCAUUAAAAUGUAUUUAUAGAAC